UUUUCCAGUUGCAUACGGACAGCUCUUUCUUUUCCACUUUGAUAUUCAGCGAGAAGCACAAUAGGUUUUGUUGUUGUUUCAUGAAAAGGCGAAAUGGACAAGAGUUCUGAAUCAUUAUGAGCAAAAAUGCUUUGAAAUUCCGUCGCUUUAUAUUAAAUAUUGCAAAGGAAUUAACAUCGGAUGAUCGAGCAGAGCUAGGGUAUUAUCUAUCUGACAUUAUCCCACCUGUGAAAAGAGAAGCUCUAAUUAAAAUACCGUCUGCACUAUUCGAAGAACUCGAAAGACGUGGACGUAUCGGACCUGGGAAUCUUAAAUUUCUUCAGGAAUCACUGGAAGCAAUCUUUCGAGAAGAUUUAGCUUAUGAAGUUCAGCAAUUCGACUGCCCUCGCAGGUCUCGCCUGACGCCAAAAAGUGUGCACUACAUUGAGAAUUCCGGCUAUCGCUUGCACAUAAAUGGAGGGAAACAUUUGGUAAACGACAAGGGAGACGACUACGUGCACUUACGAAGUGGUAAAAGUUAUGAAUUGGUCAUUAACAACUUUAACAGUCAUAGGUGUAAAUGCGAAGUAAAAAUAGACGGACAUGUCAUUUCUUCACAAUUGAUUAUAAAGGCAGGGGGAAUGCUCACUUUGGAGCGACCACGUCAAACUGCGAGUCAUUUUAAGUUUUUCGCCGUCAGGGAUGCCCCAUUAGAUUCUGGCAUCGACGAAAGAAAUACUGAACAAAAUGGCUGUAUUCAAGUAAUCUUUACACCAGAAGUUGCCGUAAUGAUAAUAACCUGUGACAUUGGGGAAGGGAAAAUCUACAUAACAAGAUGCUCUUUGAACAUGACUGAUGUGGAAUUUCACCGCAAGGUUUCGCUUAAGUUCAGUUGUGAUUCAGCAACCGUUCUGAUAGAUGGUUAUAGGCCACUUGGUAAACGAAACAUCAAGCUGGUCGAUUAUGGUAUUAAGAAUGGGUCUCGCGUUAUCAUCAAUUUCGGGCUCGUUGGGGGAGGAAUUUCACAAUCCAGUUCAACGCCAACGGCCGAACGUAGCGAAAACAAUGCCCCUGCACCAUUAGAAUGGAUACCAGGUGCUUCGACGAUGCAAGGGCAAAGCGAACAGACGUUUCGGAGUAUUUCCGAUUUUGUUCCGAACAAUAAGACAAGGAAAGUAGCUCUACGUCUGAGGCUCGUAGCAAGGGCAGAUGAAAUCCCAAUUCCAUCAAAUGGAGAAUGCAUUCCUUUUAUCCUAGGAAAUCGUCAUCCACCGCCGGUGUAACACGGGGUAAGGUGAACUGAUAUUAUUCUGACAAUUAAUUUGUAAAUGCUUUUUUUCCAUCUAGCCUAGUUUUUGGCCUGUUGCUUCUGACGCUUCUCGAUUUUUAACGAUUUAAAUAAAAAAAGGAACCUAAUUGUAAGAGCCUUGCACGGAGUACCGCCAACUUGAAUUCCUGUAUUUUAGACACAAUUUCUUGAUAAUUUUUUUUAAAAACUCUUAAUAAUUCAUGAGGAAAAGACAAAGGAAAUCACUACCAUGUCAGUGGUUUUAUAUGUGAUAAAAAAUCAGGUUCAUUCACAUAAACUUUGGCUUUGACUUUCUCGACUAAGACAACGUUUAUUUUUAAAAUUACUUCGCCAAUAAACUCAUAAGAUGGGAGUUUUUUAAGCCAUUUAAAACACUCCGUGCUUUAUCAGAUAUAAGACACUCGAGCAGCGCUCUCGCCGUGUUUUAUAUCUCACUUCAGACCGAGUCCAUGUCGGAUCGCUCGCGGGCUUGGGUGCAAGAUUGAUAUAGGCGUUAAGAAUAGUGUGUGACUAAGUGACUUGACAAGAACUAGGCUAGUUUCUGUAUUUUUAUGCCGCGAUUUACUUAAAAUUUAAUUCAUUUAUUCAAUAUUAUUAGAGGGACUUCGGCCUUUCACAUCUGAGAUCAUGAGUUAGUUGUGUUCAUCAACUCGUUGUUUCUCGUCAGGUGAAGAGUCGGUCAACGCUCUGCCGAAGUCGUGGGUUUUUCCCGGGUACUCCGGUUUCCUCCCACAAGGAAAGUUGACAGGGUGGGUAAGAUUUAAUAUAGUAGAAAAUAGUCAUAUAAUACAAUACAAUAGAAAAUGGUCAUAUAAUUCGUAAUUUGAAAGGUCGAUGGCAUAUUGUUAUGUUGUAACUUCAAAUCUUGUAAUUGGGAACUGUCUCCAAGCUUACUAGCUCAGGGGUUGUUUACAUGAUUGAUGAUCCCGCUUUGCCUGGACGAGAAAUCAGGAGUCGGCACGAAGCUCUAGGAAGAUGUUCUGCAUGUGACUGGUUGAUUAUGACAAUGACAAAAGAAUAAGCUAUAGUCAGAAUGGAUUUUCUAAAGAACGAAGCAAGAACAAUAUUCCUUUUGUUUAUGUAAGCCAAUUACGUCUUUUGUCAUUGUCAUAAUCAACCAGUCACAGAACAUCUUCCUAGAGCUUCGUCUUUACUGGAAAUCAGGCGGGAUGAAUUCAAUGUAUUGAAAUAACUCAAAUAAGUCACUGGGUGCACAAAAACGAAAGGUUGUUCAAGCAGCAACUGAUCUUCUUGAACUACGAGAUAUUCUCGACAACGUUUGAGUUCGUUUAACCAGCGUUUGUACUUUCGUUUUAGCCUGUAGUGAUUUAUUUGAAAUUUUGAAUACAUCAAAAUCAUCCCGCCUCCCAUUCUGUCACAGUCGAUCAAGAUAUGAUGGUCCGGAAACUAAACAGAAGUGUUUGUCAUAUGUUUUGUGCACGGUGAGGUACAGUUCAACAUCAAACGAAGGUCUUCUAUUUUGUGGCUUUGAAGUUUGCCGGGAUUCCAGACCAUCCUAUCUUUACAGACUAUGGUCAUGGCAAACCGGGAUCUUAGAGAAAAGUUUUGACUUCCAUGAUGUAAACUGAUUCAGUGAUGUAAACUGAUCCAUGAUGUAAACUGAUUCAAAAGAGCAUUGGGCUAGUAUUCCAAAGGUCGUAGGUUCGAAUCCCACCGUGGCCGGGCAUAUUUUUCAAGCUCGCCCGGUGUGGAUACACACUCAGAGUAACAUCACAAAUAUCAUAUUCACCUGAGUACACAACACCAACACAGAAAAAAUUAUUCAGUUUAUGUAAAUAUCAAGAGUUCCUACUGCGCAUCUCACUUCUGCCGACUGGAAAAUCCCUUAUACUAAUUACCCUGAAGUGAGACUUUGGCUUUGUACAGGGUGUCCACUUUUUGGUGAAGGUGAAAUUCAAGGACUUUCAAGGAACUAGAACUGGGAAAAAUAUUCGAAAAUGGCCCAUUUUACCGUAAAUAAUUCACUUUAUUCAGUAAUUUUAAUCAAAAACGCUAAUGUUGUUGUUGGCACAGCUGAGGCCGUUUGUUCAAAGCUGGAGUAGCGCUAACCCUGGGUUAAAAUUUAACCUGCUGUUUUAGUGUGUGUAUUUCUACACUGUUUAUUUCAAAACUUCAGAGAAGAAAACUCCUAUCGAUCCAGACAAGAUCUCUAAAGAAAUAUUUCCAAAUUUAGACAAGCUGUCAGGAAAUUUGAGCUUUAAAUUUUAGGUUAACCUACGGUUAAACUGAACCCAACUUUGAACAACUGGCCCCUGGAGGUUAAGGAAAUUAAUUCCAGGACUUUCAAGGACUUCUACUGAUUUUCAAGGACUUUCCAGUCCAGGAUUUGAGGCCCGUGAACACCCUGUUUGUACAGCCUAGUUCCUGGCCUUCUCGCUUCCGCCUCGUUAUUUUAGGGGGAAAUCGCUAAGGUUUGCAGGUUGACCGGGAUAAAGCUGUAUUAUUCGGAUAUUUUCCGAAACUGACAGCCCGCAAGUUCACGCCAGCCUGUAACUCGCCCGCGCUUGGAAGGCCAGGGACUAGGCUGCUGUUUGUAUGUAAUUACUCUGUAGUAAUAGUGCAGCUGGGACUGGAAGUAUUAGCUAGAGACAUUCAACUGUUCAAUUUUUAUUUGUAUUUAAUUUAUAACCACAAUAGAACUGUCAUUAAAUAAUUUUUGUACUAGCAUACUGUAUUUUAUCUUUGUGUAAGGACCUGCCUCGUUGGGACAAGAUA